AAAAGCCCAAUUAGGCCCAAAAAGUCUCAUCACCAUCCUCCGUACGCUUAUCAUCUUUCAAUCGUCAAGAACCAAUCAACCACCCUAAAACGCCAUAACCGCUUACCCCAACCACCGCAACAACGGAACCAUCAUCCAGAUCCGCAACCAUAGAGUCCGAUCGCAAGAGAAAAGAGCCUGCAGCUUUACCUGCAACCGCUGCCGCAGAUCAUCGAAGCCACCACAAACACCGUCACGAAAAAAAGUCCAAAAUGUCUUCUUCUUCUUCCGACAAAGUUAGGGCUUCACACGUACUGAUUAAACACGAAGGAUCUAGACGUAAGGCGUCAUGGAAGGAUCCAGAAGGUCGCAUCAUCAGCAACACCACCAGAGACGCUGCGGUCUCUCAGCUCAAAGCGCUCCGAGACGACAUCGUUUCGGGGAAAUCGAAGUUUGAAGAUGUGGCGUCUCGUUAUUCUGAUUGUAGCUCUGCUAAACGCGGUGGAGAUCUCGGUUCGUUUGGAAGGAAGCAGAUGCAGAAGCCAUUUGAGGAAGCGACAUAUGCAUUGAAAGUGGGGGAGAUAAGUGACAUUGUGGAUACUGAUAGUGGUGUUCACAUCAUCAAAAGAACUGGUUAACCAAUGUUAAGGACAGAUAUGAACUGUCGAACUUCCCUGUUGCAGUUUCUUCUUCGACCUCUAUUAUGAAUUCUGUUGUAACUUGAGUUGGGUGAUUACACAUGUAUUGUUUUGUUGGUUUCAUUUAGAAAACUAAUGACAUACGUUUUGAGUAAUAAUUUUGUGAGAUUGAUUGAACUAUA